UUGUAGAGAUAUCAAUUAGAUUAUCAAAUAUGGCAACAGUUGUUGAUUUGCUAAAUUGUGACGCUUACACCGAGCAUAUCUUUUAUAAUAAUCGAUUGAAAUCAUUUACAAAAAAUGCUUGGCCUCAUCAUCAAUCCGUUAAUUUAUCUCCGGAAAAGAUGGCUCAGGCAGGCUUCUUCUUCGAUCCAGAUAGCGAUAAUGCUGAUAAUGUCAGUUGUCCAUUUUGCCUUAGAAGUUUGACCGGAUGGGAAGAUAGUGAUGAUCCUUUAGUAGAGCAUACAAAACGGAAGGACGUUUGCUACUUUGCACGUUUAGGCAAAGAUGAAAAGGAAUGGACAGUUGAAGACUUCUUACGGCUUCUGGCUCAACGAAGAGCAUCUACGAUGUCAUUAAUUGCACUGAAAGCGAUCGAUGGUGCGAGAAAUGCUAUGAAAAGCGUGAAAAAGCGAAUAGAUGUACUGACUGAAAAUAAAAGGCAAAAAAAGACAGCGAAGAGGAAGAAGUAAAUGUUCGGCUGUUGUCGCAAUCAUAAUUUCUUCUUUUUCAUAUCAAGAUUUACUGAUAAGUUAUUGUUAGCUCUUGACCUGUACUGUUUAUGUUUAUGUUUGCUCCAUUUAUACUGGAGCUGGUUAAACCAUGUUUUCUUUGCUAUGACAGG